AGAGCAGCCAGGGGCAUUCCUGGUGGCAGCAGGGCUGGCAGCGUCGCUCCUGCUGGGGCGGGAGAGGCAGGUAUGGCUGCUCAUUGAGCUGGAUGAACCUGCAGCAGCAAGCCAGGGUCUGCUUUUGCUGCUGGGUGUAGGAUCUGAGGCUGGAUGGACCUGUGAUGUGAGCCAGGGGAUGGCUGUCCUUUUGCACCUGGGCUCUCCUCGCUCAGGCUCCUGCAGUGACCAGCAUGUCCAGCUCGUUUCCCACCAACACCUCACUGUUGGAGCUGCACCUGAUGGGCAUCCCAGGGCUGCAGUACCUGCACCUCUGGAUCUCCAUCCCCUUCUGCAUCAUGUACCUCGUCACACUGGUCGGGAACUGCACGAUCCUGUAUGUAAUAAAGGCUGAUCCCAGCCUGCAUCUGCCCAUGUUCCUCUUCCUCUCCAUGCUGGCUGUCAUUGACCUGGUGAUGUCCACCUCCAUCACCCCCAAGAUGCUGGGCAUCUUCUGGUUUCACUCCACCACUAUCAGCCUGGGUGCCUGUCUUACCCAGAUGUACUUUGUUCACGCUUUCUCUGCAAUGGAGUCAGGGGUGCUGGUGGCAAUGGCCUUUGACCGCUACAUGGCCAUUUGUCACCCACUGCAGUAUCUGUCCAUCCUGACCAGUCCCGUUGUGGUUGUCAUUGGCUUGGCCACCUUGCUCAGGGCUGUAGUUUUCAUGACCCCUCUCACCUUCCAGAUUCGCUGCCUUCCCCUGUGCGGCCCGGCCAUCGUGGGCCACUCGUACUGCGAGCACAUGGCCGUGCUCAGACUGUCCUGCGAGGACGCUGCCUUCAGCAGCACCUACAGCCUCUCCAUCUCCACCUGCGUGGUCAGCUUCGACUCACUGCUCAUCGCCAUCUCAUAUGUGCUCAUCCUCCGGGCCGUGCUCGGCCUCUCCUCCCCACAGGCCCGCAAGAAGGCCUUUGGUACCUGCGUCUCACACUUCUGCAUCAUGGCCCUCUACUACAUCCCUGGGCUGCUCUCCAUGUACAUGGAGAGAUACCACCAGGAGCUCCCACCCCACAUUCAGGUCCUGCUGGCUGAUCUCUACCUACUCAUCCCACCAGCAUUCAACCCCCUGAUCUAUGGCAUCAGGACAAAGCAGAUUCGUGAUGGAGCACACAGGGUGAUCUCCCGGAGGAGACCCAUGGCAGGAGGGAUUGGGUCUGGCCUUCAGGGACCAAGGCUAGGGCUCAUGAAGACAAAGUCCAUUCCCUAAGAUAGCCAAAUCUUGUGCUGGAAUUUGGUGUGGCUCUCAGUGUAUGUUCAGAGCUGCAGGUGCCCCAGGAAAUGUUGGCACCCACUGAAUCCAGGUCAGCACCAAGGGCUUCGGCUGGUUGUUCUGCCCAUCCCUAGUGUGAGGCAGUGGCGUUGGCACAGCAUCUCUGGCUGAUCCAGCUCCCUCAGAUCUCCCAACAAAAAUACCUUUGCAGCCACGACCUGGACUUGUUCUGACAAAAUGACCUACUGCAGCUGAACCACGGAAAACAGCUGUUUCAUCAACACAUCAUUCUGUGUGCAGCAGAGCUGUGCCAAGAGGUGUAAGGGACAUGGGGUCUCAGGACCACAGGGUAACUCUGACUGCAAGGGACCUCAAGAGGUCUCUAGUCCAACCUCCUGCCCAAAGCAGGGUCACCUACGAGCCCAGACCAGGUCGCUACUUCCUGAGGAGUGGCUGCAUGUGGCCUGCUGAUGGGAAGCAGAGAAUGAAGCUUGUGCUUUGCUUUGCUUCCCCACACAGUCUUUGAUUUUGCUUUAUUAAACUGCCUCUAUCCUGACCCAU